GCCGUUUCGGCUCAAGUUGGAACCGGGGGGGCCCGCAUCGCCGUUCGCCAGCGUUGCCGCCGCCCCGCCUGCGCGGCCGAUGCCCGCCAAGCGAAAGAGGCAGCAGAAGGAGCUGGACGAGGGCGCCGUUGGCCAGCGGCGACCCGCGAGCGGGACCAAGGCCCUAGAGCAGCGGAUCGCGUCCCAGGCAGCGGCCGCCGCGCGGCUGGGCGCCCAGGCCGCCAGCCUGGAGGCGCAGCUGGCCACGGCGAAGGGCAAGGCGCGGGCCGCCCAAGAGGCCGAAGCGAAGAGCAGGGCCGCGCUGGAGACGCUUCUGGCGCAGCGGCCGCCGCAACCGCGGCGCCGCCUCGGCGCGGCGGCCGCAAAGCGCCCCGCGGCGGCGGAGGGCGCCGAAGCCGAGCGCCCCGCCGCACAGGCGGCAACAGGCGCGGCCGCGGACGGCGCCGCGGAGGUGGGCCUCCAGGCGGCCCCGGCUGCCACGGCGCAGCGCGUCGGGAGGAUGAGGCGGCCAGCCGCGGCCGCGGAGGACGCCGCGGGCAACCAGGCGGACCUGGACGCCAGGUCGCGCCGCUUCACGCCGGAGCUGCUGCUGCCGGGCGCGUGCAUGGCGCGGACCUGGGCCAGUGGCCGCGGCGGGCAGUGCAGACACCAGCCUGUGGAGGGAGGCGCCGGGCUCUGCCAGGCGCACUCGGUCCAGGCGGUGCGGUCCGCAGGGGGGCUCCCGCACGGCCGCGUCGACGGCCCGGUGCCCCUGAAGAAGCUGCUGGAGUUCGAGAAGUUCUCGGCCGGAGGCGGGGCAGCGGCAGCGGCUCCGCAGGCGGGCGCUGCGCCGGUGGCGGCCGGCGGCGGCCAGCAGGGCUCUGUGGCAGCGGGCCCGCGGCCGGCGGAGCACGCGCCGGAGCCGCGCGAGGCCGUCGGCGAGUCGAGGGAGGCCUCGGUGGUGGCGGCGCAGGCGGUCGCCCAGGCCCUCCGGGAGCUGCGCGAGCCGCUCCCCGGCGGGUGCUGAGCGGCGGGCGCUGGCGACCAAUGAGGCCUCGCCAUGCCACGAGUGCCGACGUCGCCAAAGGCCCCGGGCACGGCGUUCAGCCCAUGAGCCCGGCCGCUCGUCGACUUCCGCGUGCUGCUCCUUCGGGUUCCUCCGCCUCCCUGCCAUUGGCCAUGCCAAAGGCUCCAUCCUCGACAGUAUGACGUCGCGCGGCUCUCAAGCGCACUCUGGGGACCGGAUGGAUGAUACGAAUUAGGGGCAGCUCGUGAUCAUCAG